ACGCCCUCCCGCUCUAUUUCUGCUGACAGUUACAGACUUCUCCAACCUGAGUCAUUUCUUGUUUUUGGGGACUAUGUUCUCUGCUGAGAAUGGCGGAGUCCAGCGCUCUUGAAGAGCUCCAGUCUGAGCUCACCUGCCCCGUGUGUCUGGAGCUGUUUCGGGACCCAGUCAUCCUCGAGUGCGGCCAUCACUUCUGUCAGAAGUGCAUCAUCCAGUGCUGGGAGGUCAAAGCUGAAGAACUGUCCAACUGCCCCAAGUGUAGAAAAGCCUGUGCCCGCAAACUUCGUCCCAACUCUCUGCUGUGCAACGUCGUGGACAGCGUGCGCCGCGCGCGCGUCAUGGACAGCUCUGCUGUGCCAACGGCCUGGGACACGGAAGACGCACUUGAAUACCCCGAAGAGCGCGAGGUUGGCUCCAGUAUGAGCAGUGUGGCCUCGUCCAUCUCUAACUGGCCCCGGAUGUGCUCGGACAUGUGUGAGGAGCACGAAGAGAAGCUGAAGCUGUACUGUGAGGAUGACCAGCUGCCCAUCUGUCUGGUGUGUGGUAUGUCCAGGGACCACAAGACCCACAAUGUCAUCCCCAUCAACGAGGCGUUUGAAAACUACAGGGAUAAACUGUCAGUCGCCCUGCAGAGGGUGCAGCUCAAGGCAGAGGAGGCCACGCUCUUCCAGAGACAAACCAAUGAGAAGAUUCUCCUCAUUAAGGGAAAGGCUGGAGACCUGGAGGAGCAGGUCACAGCGGAGAUCAGCCGUCUGAGGGACUUUCUUCUUGAAGAGGAGCAAUGCAUCAAGGAAAAACUACAGAGGCAGAAAGAGGACAAACUUAAUCAACUAGAGGAGGCUCUAACACAGGCCACGGAGCAGAUAAGCCAACUGGAAAAAACAGCUGAUGAACUGUGUGCCAAGCUAAGAGAGGAAGAAGACCCAGAGCAACUCAAGGGAAUCAAAGACUUCAUCGGGGGGGCUGAGAGCCUGUUUGAGCACCCACCGGAGGUGAGUGUGGAUCUGCAGUCUGGAGAGUUCCUUGGCCCUCUUCAGUACAGAACAUGGAGGAAGAUGUGGUCAUUAUUUAAGUCAGCCAUGACCAAAGUGACUCUUGAUCCGGACACCGCCUACCCUUGCCUGUGGGUCUCCGAAUGCCGCACCAGUGUCCAAGUGGGUAACAUCCGUCCGACGCUCCCCAACAACCCCGAACGCUUCACCCGCUACAACAUCGUCCUGGGAGCUGAAGCUUUCACCUCGGGACGGCACUACUGGGAGGUGGACGUGGGUUCAAAAACUGCCUGGGGGCUGGGAGUGGCCAGGGCCUCCGUCAACCGAAAGGAGGAGAUCAGCCUUUGUCCCGAAGACGGAUUCUGGACCCUGGUGCUCCGGGACAAUGGGGACGGUACCAGUGAGUAUGAGGCCUGCACUGAUUCAGAGGAGGAGGGCUUGAUUUAUCCAACCAAACGUCCCAGGAGGGUGGGGGUCUACCUGGACUACGGUCGGGGGGAAGUGUCAUUUUAUAAUGCAGAGGACAUGGACCAUCUUUUCACUUUCUACGACGCUAAAUUCAAAGAGGCAGUUUUCCCAUAUUUUAACCCCUGGCCAAUUAUCAACAAGCAGAACCGAGAGCCCCUCAUCAUAGUCGCACCGCACUGGGCUUAACUUGCUUUAUAUUAAAAUAGGAGCUUUAUUAUAGUAAAUGUACACUAACCUGAUAUAAAAUGUGCCUUUAUUUGUA